AAGCUUUUGAUUGUUUUGAAGAAUCAAUUUCGGAUGCAAGAUCUUGCUUUUAUCUUGGAAUUCUUUAUGAAAAAGGUUUAGGGAUUAAUAAAGAUUUGUGGCAGGCUAAAAUUUGGUAUAAUCUUUGUAUCAAUGAUAUCGAAGAUGAAAAUACACCUGACCAUAAAGCAUAUUUACCAUUAAGCUAUCAGAGAUUUAUUGAA